UCCGCCAUAGGCUUCCUGCCUUUUUCUACCUGGUAAACCGUAAACGCGCACAAGAAAAAGAGAAACCCGCAAGCCACCCUUUGCGCAGGUCGUCGUCGUUGCCGCGGUCAAGUUCGGCUCCGGCGGCGGCGGAGGCAGGAGGGGUGACUUGGACGGCGGCGCGCCCCGUCCGGCGGGAUCCCUUCGGACUCCGCCCCUGAGGAGAUUCUAACAGCAGGGGUGCUUGAUUUGGAUGAGAGGAGCGCGACGGCGGCAUGGGCACCCCCUCUCAGGGCUCGGCGGCCGUGGCGGCAGCCCGGGUCGAUCUCUGCCUGCUCGACCUGAUACCCGUCUUCGCCAAGGAGAUGAUAGCCGGCGGCGUCGCCGGCGCCUUCUCCAAGACCGCCAUCGCGCCGCUCGAGCGCGUCAAGAUAUUGUUGCAGACUAGAACAAAUGAGUUUGGGUCUCUUGGAGUUCUCAAAUCCUUGAAGAAAUUGAGGCAACAUGACGGAAUCAUGGGCUUUUACAAGGGAAAUGGUGCCAGUGUGCUGAGAAUUGUUCCUUAUGCUGCAUUACAUUAUAUGGCGUAUGAGCGAUAUAGGUGUUGGAUCUUGAAUAACUGCCCCUCACUGGGGACAGGACCUUUAGUAGAUCUUUUAGCUGGCUCAGCAUCAGGGGGAACUGCAGUGUUGUGUACUUAUCCCUUGGAUUUGGCCAGGACUAAGCUUGCGUUCCAGGUCAAUAGUUCAGACCAACUCAGUAGAACUUUGAAAAGGACAAAUGCUCAGCCAACAUAUGGAGGAAUAAGGGAUGUUUUUAGAGGUGUUUACUCAGAAGGUGGAGUGCGAGCUCUGUAUCGAGGUGUAGGUCCAACGCUCAUGGGAAUACUUCCUUAUGCUGGUCUUAAAUUCUACAUAUAUGAAGGACUGAAGGCACAUGUACCGGAAGAUUACAAAAAUUCAGUAAUACUGAAGCUGUCAUGUGGUGCUGCUGCUGGUUUAUUUGGACAAACUCUGACCUAUCCUUUAGAUGUUGUCAGGAGGCAGAUGCAGGUUCAAAGUCACCAACAUGAUCAAUUUGAUGGCCCACGAAUAAGGGGCACAUUCCAAGGGCUCAUGAUCAUCAAACAAACACAGGGAUGGAGACAAUUAUUCGCUGGCUUGAGCCUCAACUACAUCAAGGUGGUGCCCUCAGUGGCUAUUGGUUUCACGGCAUAUGAUACAAUGAAGAAUUUGCUGAAGAUACCUCCGAGAGAGAAGAAAAGGGCAGGCCAUGGUCCUGCUUGAAGUCUCUGGUUGUUCUGUUUGCCAGUUAGCGGAGCAAGGAAAUAUUGGGAGGCCUGGAAAUGCCGUAUGAGGCUGCAACCAAAUGAAGAAGCCUCAUCCUCAAUUUCACCUAGUAAUUGUGUUACGUAAGGGCCAGCAGACAUAUUCUUUCAUUCUAUUUUCCGAUUCAUUUACUUUUUCUAUUUCACGUGUUUAUUUUAUCCACUUUGUGGAGUGGUGCUACUGAGUUAUAACAUCUGGUGGCAUUAUUACAGAAGCUUAGCCUUAACCAUUUAUUUCCGUUCUUCUACUUGAGUUCCCUGUAGACAGUAGAGCCAAACUAUUACACUCAAGAAGUUCCCUAUACGAGCUAUUUUUUUCAAGCUGAAGAA